GACAAGCAAGUCAUGCCGUCGACGACAAGUCAGUAGACAUCAAUGGAAUUACAGUGCCAGAAAACGCUCCUUGUAGGCCUAUCGGGCCCUUCAUCAAGCGGUAAAACCACGCUCGCGCGACUGUUGCGGACCGUGUUUACCCCGCCAUCAACAGAGGGUAAUGGAGAUGUAACAGCGACGACAAGGCCGUUUGUUCUCCAUCAAGAUGACUUCUACAAGCCGGAUGACCAGAUCCCUGUGGUCACAACGUCCUCCGGCAAGCUUGUCCAGGACUGGGACACUAUCGAUGCCCUCGAUAUCUCGCAGUUCGAGGCGACGUUAGCAUAUAUCCGCGAUCAUGGCCAUUUACCCGCUGGUAUCAAAAGCAAGGAAGACCUGAACGAUGCCACAGACUCGGGAGUUAGCGGGGAGACCGUGCGCUUGUUCAGAGAACAAGUUGCCCAACGCCUGCGUGAUCUUGCUCUCGAGGAACAACGCAAAAGAAGCACUGCGGGUUCGGACAGGAAAUAUGCUAGGGACACAUCUAGCUUCAUCUCUCUCGCCUUAAUUGAUGGCUUCUUGCUCUACGCACCUCCCCACGACCGCACCCAUCCGCUUCGCAAGAUCCACGACACAAUUGAUAUACCGUUUUUUCUACCAGCUACUUACACUCUUGUCAAGAAAAGACGAGAGAGUCGGACCGGCUAUGUAACCAUUGGCCCCGCGCCAACACCAAAGCCAUCAUCUCAGAGACAAGCUGAUAAGCAGCAGCUGGAACAAGAAGAAAAGAGAGAUGUCAAUACUUAUACUCCCCUGGAAACUAAUUUCUGGACGGAUCCGCCAGGAUAUGUGGAUGAUAUUGUUUGGCCACGGUACAUUAGGGACCAUGCAUGGCUAUUACUUCCUGAAUCUACACAACUGGGUGAGGAUGUGGAGGAUCUGAAGAGACUCGUCGGUGAAGGGAAGAAUCUGAGGGAUGAUAUGGGUGUCCUCGUUGCACCGGGGAACGGAGAAUGCCUCAUGGAGGAAUUGCUUCGUUGGGCUGUUGAUGAGGUUCUAAAAGGAGUUGAAAACAUGUUUCGAUGACAGAAACUUGUGCCGAUUCUAGACUAGUAGAGCCACAUCUACAUAUAACUUAUAUACCCCUUUGGCCAUUUUUCUAUCCGAAAUCUUGUAUGGAAAUUCCCCAAACAACCUAAAUAUAUAUACCGAAAUGUGCUCUCGCUCGACGACUCAUCAUUGCAUGUAUGCAUUCAUUAAAAUGUUUAGGUAUUUUGGGUGAUUAGAACCAAAGAAUCAUGACUUUUUCAAUUUAUACCCAUUUUUGAGAUAUCUUUAGACAGACUUGCGAAUAAUGUUGCGGGAUUACUGAACAGCGCUCGGCGACUUAAGCGAGUCCACCACGGCCUCCAACGGCACCGAGAGCAGCCUUCUGCGCUUUUGAGAUAUUGCCCUUGGGGAGAGGCUUGGCAUUGGUUUUUGUGGGAGCAGGCAAGAAACCAAUCUCCACGAGAUAUGCGAGAUAAAGUCCGAUAAGCUCUUCCGUCACACCGCUUCCGCCCGACAGGUCCUUUCCGGACCACUUGGCAUCGGCACGGAGCGCAGCAGCGGCAUUGGCAUCAUCGAGUUCGGGUGCUCUCGUAUUAGAUGGGAGAUCAGCUGUUACGAAGUGAUAG